AGUUGUAAAGGUUCCUCCAGGUUGUGUUGCACGUCGAAAAAGUCGAAAGGUUUCCUCUAUACAUUAUGCAAUCUGCACAUUAUGAUCCAUGAAUAGGUGCGAUGUCUUCUGCUGGAGGAUAACCGAUGCAGUCUUUUGCUUCUCAAAACUACUGUUCUUCUCUUCAUUCUCUGGUGGUUAGGCCAUUUGUUCUUGUUAGUUUCCAGUAGUUCUCGGCUGUUGACAUGCAGCCAGAACCCUGCGAGUAUCAGCUGGCCGUGGCUGAGUACUGGAAGGGGAGGCCGGCGGCCAUGGAGCCGGCUGCAUGGGUUCCUGGCCUCCCUCUGGAGAUGACUGUCGCUGCUCCUACUAACCACGGUGAUCUGGUCGUCAGCUCCAGCGGGCGGCAGCAGCUGGCCAUGGUGGAGAGCACCACCGUCGUCGAUCAUCAUCAGUACGAGUGGAGCGGCCCGGUGGAGGCGUUCGAGCAAGCUGCACGGGAGUUCGAGGACAAGCUCGGCAGGACGGAGACGAAGAUCCACCGGUUCCCGGCGAGCAUGGGCGACCUCGCCGAGAGGUACGCGGCGCCCAGGGCCGUGUCCAUCGGCGCCUACCACCACGGCCGGAGCCCCGCCGUCCUGCAGAUGGAGAGCACCAAGCACGUGGCCGCCUGGCACUUCGUCAUGGCCUCCGGACGCCCCGUCGAGGAGGUGUACGCGGCGGUCUGCGCCGUGGCCGACGAGGCCCGCGGCCACUACGACGAGGACGUGGCGGGAGCUUUGGGCGACGACGACUUCAAGCCCAUGAUGUUCUUCGACGGCUGCUUCCUGCUGCAGUACCUGAUGUUCGUGUGCAUGGUCGGCGACGAGGACGAGGGGGUGGCGGUGGACCCGGCGCUGAGGAGCGCCUUCAGCUCCGACGACGGCCGCAUCUUCUCCGACGUCGUGCUCCUCGAGAACCAGCUCCCGUGGGUGGUGGUGGAGACGCUGAUGGGCUUCGCGCCCGCGCCCGGCCUGGACCUGCCGAAGCUCGUCGGGCGCGUGAAAGGCUCCCUGCAGGCCCGGCAGGCCGUCGACGAGAAACCCCCCGCGUGGGACGGCAGCUACUCGCCGCCGCACCUCCUCGGCCUCCUGCGGCGCUACAUCGUCGGGACCGGCACCAAGCGCUCGUCCUCCCGCGGCCUGUCCGAGAAGGCCAAGAAGGUGUCAAUCUCCGUGAGCGCGGUGGAGCUCGCGGAGAUGGGCGUCCGGCUGACGGCCACCAAGACGGGGGCGGAGCUGAGGGAGAUGGGCGUGAAGAAGGCGCUGCUGUCCGGCGAGCUCUUCCUGGCGCCGCUGCUCCUGGACGACGCCAACGCGGGGUUCCUCGUGAACAUGGCGGCGCUGGAGCUGUGCACGGCCCCGGACUUCUUGGAGGCCGAGGAGGAGCGGUCCGCCGUGUGCUCCUACCUCUGCCUGCUGGGCAUGGUGACGGACCGGGUGGAGGACGUGCAGGAGCUGCGCACGAAGCACGUACUGCAGGGGGGAGCGGGGCUGAGCAACGGGGACGCGCUCGCCCUCUUCCUCAGCCUGGAGAAGCACCUGCGCCCCGGGAGAUGCUACCUCCGCACCAUGCUGCACAUCGAGAACUACAGGGUCCAUAGGCCGGUGCGGACCAUGGUGUACAGGUUUGGCUACAGGAACAUGCGGACCAUCGUCACCGGGGUGUCUGUCGUUACUGGACUUGUCGGUUUACUCGAGGCAGCAAAGAAAAUCUCUUUCAAGUAAGUAUAAGGGCAUCUUCCGCUGAAGUUUUAUAAUACUAGGUCUGAUCAUUUUCGUAAAAGAAAAACAGGGCAUCUUCGAUAGUCUGUACUAUGAUAAUUGUUGUAAAAUAUGCCAUGUAAUUAUGGCGUUGUUUCAAUAAAUCACAA